AUGUCUAAGACUAAUCCCCGUCCGCAGGACACUAACCUACCCGGUCCGGCGCAGCCACCAGUCCACAUCCAUACCCGCAGGGUACCCCCGUCCCUCUACCCGCAGGGUAGCCCUACAACUAACCCUCGUCCGCAGGACACUUACCUACCUGGUCCGGCACAGCCACCAGUUCACAUCCAUACCCGCAGGGUACCCCCGUCCCUCUACCCGCAGGGUAACCCUACAACUAACCCUCGUCCGCAGGACACUUACCUACCCGGUCCGGCGCAGCCACCAGUUCACAUCCAUACCCGCAGGGUACCCCCGUCCCUCUACCCGCAGGGUAGCCCUACAACUAACCCUCGUCCGCAGGACACUUACCUACCUGGUCCGGCACAGCCACCGGUUCACAUCCAUACCCGCAGGGUACCCUUGUCCCACUACCCGCAGGGUAGCCCUAUCUCUCUACCAGCAGGGGCGUCUCAAGCCAUUGCAUGCCUCAGGCAGCAGCAUUACAUGGCUUGGGGCCCCCAAAUAUUCCUUACCUACCUGGUCCGGCGCAGCCACCAGUUCACAGUCCAUACCCGCAGGGCUAUGAGGUACAUCCCGCUUGGGUCACCACCAGCGCUUCUGUUUGUGUUCCCAUCUUGA